UCGGCCGAGCCCCAGCGGCCCGGGCCCUGGCGGGCCCCGCCGCCCGCCCGCCCAUGCCGCGGAAAGCGCUGCGCUGUGUCCUGCAGCUGGAGCUGCGCUCGAUAACUUGUCCUGGAGUGCUGCUGAAAGACAAAGAGGAACUUUAUCUCAGUGUCUUUGUACUUGGGCAGUGUAAAAAAACUCAGUGUGUCCCUGCGGUGUUUCCACUCUUCUUUCAAGAAAAACUAGUAUUUGAAAAGGAAUUUGCUAACACAGUUGAUCCUGGAGACCUUGUGAAGUUACUGGAAUUUGACACAGCAGUACUUGAACUAAUACAACUCGUUCCUCCAGUAGGAAGAAUUCUAGCUACGUAUGAAGAAAAUACAAGAGAUUUCCUGUUCCCUGACCCUAAGCUUACCCGUGGGCACCGUGGUUUAGAGCGUGAGGUUUUAAUGAAGAGGUCCUCUUCUUUUACAGGAAUUGCACCAAAAUUGAGAUUUUCUACAAUCUCCGUUAUUGCAGAAAGUCUGUUAAGCUCAGGAAGGAGUCACAUACAGGCUGGUCUGAAUGGGGUGCAUUGUUCGACCCCCAAUGGAAAAUUGCACACGAAGGUGCUGAAGAAAAACACUCUCUCACCUGAGAAAAGCAGGCACAGCUUGGCAUCGAAGAGCUACGAGCAGCCCACAAUAGCUUCGAAAUCCCGCUCUCCGUCCCCGUACACCAAAAGACGGAUGUGUGAGCUCUCAGAAGAAGCCAGGCAGCGCCUGGCCCAUUUAAACCUGGGUCCUCACGAGUUCAGAAGAGAAACCGAUAAACCUCCGUUCGUAGUUAGACGGGUUGAACAAAGAAGUCCUGGUGUUAAACUUCAUACCUGGUGUUCCAUGCGAGAAAACACAGCAGGAGCCUGGGCCAAGGCAGACCAUGAUCCUUCUCUUCUCGGCAGCUACAGACCCAAGAAAGCUGAAGUCACAUUAUCACCCCCAUCCCUCUGCCCCUUCCCACCUCCUUUGCCAUCCAGUGGGAAAGUAGAUUGUAGGAGCAGUCAUUGGAGAAUGCAGAAGAUAGCUGAGCUACAGGCAAAACCUGCUCGUAGAAAAGACUUGGACGGUUGUGUUGUUUGCAAUGAGGAUGAGCUCUCAGGUCCACCCAACAGACAGUCCCAUUCUGCUGGUUCAUUAGAGCAUUCAGCACCUCCUGCAUUUCAGGAGCAUUCCCCGAGUUCUGUGCUGCAUCGGUCUUCUCUAAGGGAAAGGUUUAGCUCUGGUUGGCCUUCACCAGCAAAUGGAGAUGAGAUCCAUAAAAGAGUGAAAAAUAUUUUAAGGACACACAGUGCUAGGCAGCGCCUAAUCUUUGAUGAGAGUAACUCAUCAAAAGGAGACGUGACUAAGACAAGAGAAUCUUCACAUAAUGCUCCCUUAUCCAUGAGUGAACUGCAGAGCAGUUCACCAGUGCAGCAGAAUGCUCCUGUUCACUUGGAUAAUGGUGAAUACUGGUCCAGUCGUGCAGCUGUGUACAAAGAGAAGCCUCACAGAGCGAUCUUUGAAGAGAGCCUCGGAAAAAUAUACAGAAACAUGUACCAAAAAGUUGCUGGCACUGUUUCAGACCAAAAAACACAUUCCUGAUAGCAACUCACCUGAAAAUGCACAGUACACAGUGUUCACAUUUGUAACUAAACCUAUUUUUAUAUAAGAAUAUUUUUACUGUAUUUUUAAGGUGCCAUUAUGGUUGGGCAGGGUUUUGGAAAAAUGGGGUUUUGGCCUGAGCUGACAUUAACAUCCACCCCCCCAAAACAAAGGAACAAAAAAUCAAGCCCCUCCAUGGUUAAGCAAGAUGGUAUUGUUCCUUUGAGACUAUGAAAAUAGAGUCAUUUGAAGAUUAAUAGGUCUGCUGGACAUUCCUGUCUGACAUCAACUCAGGUUUCAGCUGCAGCCAGUUCUUAUUAAAUAACUAAAACUAUUUAGUAACAUAAACAGAAUUGGUUGAAGAAACAACCAAUGCUAGUGGUCAGAGAGGGGGUCUAAAGGGGAGGGUGAAUGUGAGUGGUGUUUUAAAAGCAACCCAUGUGGGACAAAGGGAAUUGCUUUCUAGAAAAUUGCCUUUGAAUUGUUUAUUUUGGAGAAGGGCAUAAAUGCUGGUACUGUAGGACUAUAGGCAUGGUUUUGAAGUGGUUUUAAGCACCUUUAGCAACAAAUAUUCUAAUACUGUGAAAUUUUAAAAGAAAUCCACCCAGCCCAGCAGUCUUUGUAUCAGAUGAAAGGUCAUCUUCACGCACCCUUUGCAUUUGAAAGCUUCCAGGUUCUCCUGAAUGCAGCCGUGACGUUUGCCAAUUUACCUGUAAUUUUAAAAAUUAUGAGUAACAAAGGAGUGUGCAGGCGGAAAGACUAGAGCUAGUGAGCAAGCUACUUGUGUUCUGUACAGGCCUUCUGAAAUUCCUGCAUCACAAUCCCACCUAAUUUGGAGCCUGUCCUUCCCAGUCUGCUGGGAUCCCGUUGGCAGAAAUCGCUUCGUUUUUGCUAAAGGCCACCAAAUGUUCAUCAGCAGUUCGAUGCUUUCCCCGGGGAUGGAACCUUUUCAGCCUUGCAUUGAGCAGAUCCCACAUUAGCAGACCAGGGCAAAUUGCCCAUCUCUUGAAAAGCAGAAUGUUUUAAAAGGGCAAGAGUGUCCAUCUCCCGCUUCCUUUCAGAAUGGGGGAAAAAAAACAAAUGCCUGUUCUGGCUCCUUCCCUGUCUGAGCGAACAGAUUCAGUUACACCGAUGCCAUUUUACCUGUUUGAUUGGAUAAAGGAUAAAGCUGGGAGUACAGAUGGCAGAACAUAUGACUGUAACCUGCCAGCAUGCCUAGAUAAACAAAAAGUUGGUCUACUCUGCCUUCCAUCCUUUAAUGCUGAGACAACAUAAUUGAUUUGAGAAAGCAGUUGGUGAGCAAUUAUGCUGGUGGGAAAGCACGUUGAAAGGCUGUGUGCUUCUGUUUCAGGAAAGGGGACUCUCAGAGGAAGUGUCUCACAUAUAGACAUUUCUAUUCCUUGUAACUGUUAAAGCAGUUGAAGUGGAUUAACACUGAUAACUUCCUGUCCCUGAUGCCAUCUAGCACAUUAGUGCUUUCAAAGGGCAUUAGUUGCACAGUCUUAUGCUAUGGAGAAGUGUGGAGUCAUUCUAUGAAGUGAAAAGUAAAACUUCCCCAAGCUGUGCCCCUGAAGGCUUGGUGGCCAUGGAGUGUUGUUCUACCAGUACCUGGUGUUCAUGGGCCUAUCCCUGUGAUCCCCUAUUGGUCCAUAAAGGAAUAGUUUUCUUGCUGUUCAGGAAAGGUAUAUUGAAAUGGAUCCUAAACAGGUAGGGCAGAUUCUGAGAGAUACUUACCAAGCUUUUGGGUUAAAAGUAAUCUAUCGAAAUCUAAAGGUUGUUGCAGUUUCCUGUUUGUGUUUGAGCUGUAAUAUUCAGUGUUAUUCUUAUGGUAUCCUGCAGUUUUCAUUCAAUAUUCUCUGUAUUCCCUUCCCAGUCUCACAGUAAAGUAGAAGUUACAGUCUUCUGAAGAUUGGGUGCUCCCCUUUGGCCUAAUCUGGUUCUGUGACAUAGAAAACCUGUUCAAUUUUUCCCUCCCCAGUAAUCCAGCAGAUUUUAGUCCCUGUUUGUUUGAUGUGUAAGAAAACCUGAAUGCUGAAGCUUUGUUUUGGGUUGUUUUUUUUUUUUUUUGUAUGGAUGAGUAAGGACACAGUUUGCCAUGAAUUCAAGACACAAGGAGGAGAUGAGGAAGGUUGGAGGCCACUGUGAAAAAGCAGAGUAGUGUUCUCAAGGGGUCCAUAGGAAUAUCUGGGGUGUAUCUGUUUAAUUCCCCUAACUAAAGAAAGGAAGCAUAUGGUAAUAUGUCAACUUUCAGUUUUCAUCAAAGAUGAAAACAUUUUCAGCAAAG